AUGAGGAAGGGAGCGACCAAAGGCAAGAACUUGUCGCAGGUGGACACGUACCGUCGCCGCAUCGGCGAGAAGGAGGUUCGCAAGGUAGAGCAGUCAGUCGCUGACUCUUCCGUGCCCAACUGCCAGGCGCAUACGGACAAGCGUAUCAAGGAGAGCCUGCACUCGAAGAACACCGGCAGUAAGAGCAGCAAGCUGGCGAUCAUCCUCAUCGCGCUGGUCAUCGUCGCAGUCUUCUUCGCGCUCCUCUACUUCGUCCUGUUUGCCGCCCUUCGCCCCAACUGA